UUAAACCAAAAUAAGUCACGGGAAAAAGAUGUACUCGGAUUAAUGUAUGGGCAAGUCCUCAAGGUGGAGCCAAGAGAUAGGUGGAUGGAACAUCGUUAAUGCGUUAACCGUGUUCCUCCAUUUGGUGGCGCUACAUACCAAAACAUGACUGAAAUACUCCUCCGUUGAGAGAAGAAGAAGAAGUAGCAGCUUUCCCACACGACUUUGACGUUAAGCAGCAGCGUCUGUCCUGACCUUCUCACUGCAGCGUGACAAACUGAAAGAUGGCUGGACGCGCGUUUGCAAGUUGGUGGGGCAAGAUGAGCCCUUACUACACUAAGGCAUACCAGGAGAUGUGGGUGGGCAUUGGCAUCAUGACAUACCUGUACUACAAAGUUUCCUAUGGAGGCAAGAAGGCUGUGAAGGCCAAGCCUGCCCAUUGAGUUUCCACCAUGCCGACUACCCCUCCACCUGCUGUGAAAUAAGGCCCAAUCGUUAGUCCAGAAGUCCAGCUUCAUAUUUGAAUUUUUGUUAAUAUGGUAUAAAGUUGCUAUCCAAAAAUU